GCUUGGAUAGUCGGAUCACUGCGAGUAGCUAAGAAUGGAGGCUCAUCAUUGCAAUAAUCGCCGAUCAAAUCUUCUGUUACUUCUUUUAAUUGUCUCCGUAGUCGCGAAUCUCAUUACGGCAUCUGCAGCGUCGUCCCCGAUCGCCAUCGCUAGCGAAGAAAAACUGGAGUUGACUUUAUACUACGAAGCUUUGUGUCCAUUCUGUGAAAAUUUCAUAGUCAACUAUCUAUACAAGCUAUUUGAUAACGGACUGAUUUCGAUCGUGGAUCUCAAGCUUAGUCCCUAUGGAAACGCUAAGAUUCGUUCCAAUGGUACCAUCGUUUGCCAGCAUGGUGCAUGGGAAUGUGUGCUUAACACUGUAGAAGCCUGUGCAAUUCAUGCCUGGCCUGCUGUUAGUGACCACUUUCCUUUUGUGUAUUGUGUGGAAAAUUUAACUUAUGAAGGGGAGUAUGCCAAUUGGGAAACAUGUUUUCAGAAAGUAAAUGUGGAUCCAAAACCUGUUCUUGAUUGUUACACUAGUGGUUUUGGACAUGAGCUUGAGCUACAAUAUGCAGAUGAAAUAAAGGCGCUUGAACCUCCUCAUACUUAUGUCCCGUGGGUCGUCCUAGAUGGACAACCGCUUUAUGAUGAUUAUGUGGAUAUCAUAAGCUUAAUUUGUAAAGCUUAUAAAGGCUCUAAAACACCCCAAGCUUGCCUUGGUUUAUCCCUUCCUGUUACCAAACAUAAGGACACAGAUAACACUUUGGAUAAUGUAUGCUACAAAGAAGAGAAGUCAAAGUCAAAGUCAAGGGUAUCUGAAAUUAUGUCGGCUACAGAGGCUUCUUGGAUGCAUGAUGUUGGCAUGGUGGAAUCUAUGUAGGAUUAUCGUAUGUUUACAAAGUAUUUUCCUAGUAUUUCCUUGUUGUAAUGAGGUUAGUUUUAUAAAGUAAAAGUCUAAGUUUGGUCAAGAAAAAAGGCAAAUUACUUAAGUGGUUAAAAUUAUCAAAGUGACCGUUUCUUUUGGAUGUUUUAUUUUAACUAUAUAAGUGGACAUUUUAGCAUUAUAAA